AUGCGUCUCAUCAAUACCUCCACCCUCGCCCUCGAAGACUUUACCGGCCAUCUCAAGAUCCCAGCCUACGCAACCCUCUCACACAGAUGGCAGACCCGCGACCAAGAAGUCUCCUACCACGACUUCUUGUCCGGCGCGAAACGCAACACAAGUGGCUGGGCUAAGAUUGUCGAGUGUUGUCGUGUCGCAUUACUCCACGACCUUAGAUACUGCUGGAUUGACACCUGCUGCAUUAAUAAGGAAAGUAGUGCUGAAGAAAGCAGAUCGAUCAACAACGAUGCGCAUUGUGAAGACAUCUCCACUAUUCACAGUCUUAGGGGCGAGGAGGAUUUCGCAGCGAGUCAAUGGUUUACGCGUGGAUGGACGCUUCAGGAGCUCAUCGCACCAAGUAACAUGACAUUCUUCAAUAGUAGAUGGGAAGCGAUUGGCACCAAGUACUCAUUAGCUGAACUCAUUUCCAGAAUCACCAAUAUUCCCACCGAUGUACUGCGAGGUGAACGCAGUCACCUAAGCUGUUCAGUAGCUCAAAGAAUGUUUUGGAUUGGGGACAGAGUGACUACAGUGAUCGAAGACCAGGCAUAUUCGCUGCUUGGCUUGUUCAAUGUAAACAUGCCACUGAUUUAUGGCGAAGGCGAGAAGGCUUUCAUGAGACUACAGGAGGAGAUUAUUCAGCGCUCGACCGACCAGACUAUCUUCGCUUGGUCAGACCACAGCAUGGAGAAAGGUGUUCUUGCUCCAUCGCCAAAGUGCUUCCAGACACAGUAUAGCAGUGGUCUCAGAGAAGUACCUGAUUACUUCCCAGAUGACCCUGCCUCCGAUAGCUUUAACUUGGGAAAUGCUGGCUUGUUGGUCGAAUUUGUGCUCAUUCCCUGGUCAAUGAACACGUACCUGGCGCCCUUGCGCUGUUAUGCAUCCUCCACCUCUGGCUCGGAUCAGCGUGUCUGUCUCAUCCUCCGUCGCACGAAAGUCGCCAACCGUUUUGUCCGGAUCAAGGUCAGCGACGAGGAUCUUGUCCUACACAGGUAUCUUCGUGUCCCUACUGAUCCCAACCCUUCUUAUUGGGACCGAUCGCGCCUCUACAGACAGAUCGUCAUUGCUAGAGAGCCACUGAUGAAGGUUGAAGAUUGCUUCUAUGGCUUCCAUUUUGAUUUCUUGUGUCCAAGCAUGUUCGAGGCAGGAUCGAGGCCGGACGCCACGGACGUGAUUUGUGAAUGUUCCUGGAAUCGCAAUAUGCCCCGUCUUCAAAUCAGUCACGGCACUUACCGCAUUGCCGGUAUUUUUCGCUUGAGCAAGAAACGAUUCGGUACAUCGUUUCUAGUCAUGGGCUUUGAUGCCGACUUCAACCCGUUCUGUUUCAUUGCAUCGCCACCAUUCGGGCUGAUGAAGACUUAUCUCCCUUUGCUCAACGUGAAACGUGAUAUUAUAGAUCCCAAAGACGUCUCGGCCAUGAGUGUCUGGGAGCGCUCCAGCUGGUUAGAUGCCAUGUAUCUGCACAAGUACAUCGAUGAACUAAUCAGGAUGUCAAAAGAAUCGGCGUUCGACUGGCAGGGACGUGCUGUGUCCCAGGGCCUCCUGCUUGGUGACCGCAACACAUCGGAGGAAGUCUUUCAGGUCCCAAGAUUUCAGUUGAUGGUCAUAUUUAAGCUCGUAGAAUCGCACCCAGAGAAUAACUGGAAAAUCACAUUCAAGGACUUGCCACAGCCAGGAAUGAUGUUCUUACAUGUCAGCUAA